UGCAAGCACAGCAGAGGCAACCGCGUGGUCAUAAAUUUCACCAGACAUCUUGCUUCAUUUCAUAGAAGCCAAUCAACUCCAAAUAUACUCAUCAAGCUUCCAAUGAGUCAAUCACGCUUUCUCUUCCAUAUGGCCAUGGGGUUCCCGCUUGGUUUCUUCUCAAAAGACGAGCCAAAUUAUGUAAAUAACAACAAAUGUGUGCAGGCAAGUAGAAACAGGGCCAAAGACUUUCCGCUCUCCGUGUCUGCCACAACAACAAACCAUGCAACCUCCAUACACAAUCCCUAAACCCUUUUUUGGGUUUACAUUCCCAGCUUGAAAAAAUCAAAGAAAAGAAGGCAUUGCUUUUGUCCAUGAUAGACCAAAGCUACCCUUCCUCUCGGGUUUGCUGCACGUCCCUACAUUUUGGACUACGGUCUUCCAAAGAGAGCCUAUUUGUCAAAAUUUCACAGUUUCGUCUAAGGGGUGGCCAUCUGACCAACAAAGCUAGCUUCAUUUCAGCAAGGAGAUUCGGGUCAUUUCCCAAAGAAAAGGGUGGUCUUUCUCUUCACUCGAGACCAUAAUUUCACAGAGAAGAGAAGAAUCUCAUCAAGUACAAAUCAGAAUUCUCAUGGUCGUUGCUUAUCAAAUGGGUGCUCUAAAAGCCAUGCUUCUCUACUUGAUUAUACACCAGACAUGGAAGAUCACCGCUGAUGAUGAGGAAUGGAAGUCUGCCACUGCAACAUACGUUAAGGAAACAAAUGGAUCCAUCGUUGUAGAAGGUGCUUGUGGGUAUGCGGACCUUCACAAGGCCACCUAUGGAAAGUACAGUGCUGGACUAAGUAGCAUGCUGUUCAACAGAGGGAGUACCUGUGGGGCUUGCUUCGAGGUCAGAUGUGUCGACCACAUCUUAUGGUGCCUGCAGGGUAGCCCCUCAGUCAUUCUCACUGCAACAGAUUUCUGCCCUCCCAAUUACGGGCUUUCGGCGGAUUAUGGUGGCUGGUGUAAUUUCCCGAAAGAACAUUUUGAGAUGUCAGAGGCAGCAUUUACUGAAAUCGCAGAGAGAAAAGCUGAUAUUGUGCCAGUUCAACACAGAAGGGUGAAGGGUGUAAGAAGGGGUGGACUGAGAUUCACAGUGAGUGGAAAUUUUCACUUCUAUCAAGUCCUGAUCUCUAAUGUGGGGUUGGAUGGCGAGGUGAUUGCUGUGAAAGUGAAGGGUUCGAAAACAGCUUGGAUACCUAUGGCAAGAAACUGGGGACAAAACUGGCAAUCUAAUGUCAACCUUAUUGGACAACCUCUAUCUUUCGAGGUUACAACCAGCAGCAGAAAAACACUCACAUCUUACAAUGUUGCACCAGCAAACUGGCAAUUCGGUCAGACAUUUGAAGGCAAACAAUUCUAGUGUGAGAGGCUUUUAGGCUCGAGGCAAAGGUUCACACUUCUCUUUUGCUUAGAAUGACUAAAAUUCUCCUGCUAUGUGAUGAAGUUGGUUCUUGGUCAAAAGAAGGUAAGAAAGUUGUAAAAGAAAGUUGGGGAAAAAAGGAGUGCAAGGUCCCAGUUUUGUCUCGUUACGUGCUUUUCAGAGUAGAAAGUUAACUGCUCUUGAAAUGUGUAACUACUGAAAUGUUUAAAGUUUAUAUUCACUUCAAAAGACAAGAGAAAAGUUUAAGAUAUGUAUUUCUUACCGUGAGUUUUU